UGAAACAUUACGAUGAAAAGAAAAGGAUAAAUUGGUCUGGGAGGUCCUUCAAUGCAAACUCCAGACUUCAACCCAACACCACGAUUGGACAUCCGAGUUGAGAAAAUAUUGCAAGGAAGCUAGUAAAACGAGUCAAUUUCUAGACGUGAUUAAUCAGGAGCCUGCCAUGCUUUGCUGCCAACUUCCUUUUCACAGCAGUAACCUCUAUAAAUAUGAAGUAUGAUUGUUUGCCAGUCAGCAUAUGAAAAUGGAGCUUCCAUUCCCUUCCUUGCCUCUUUUUUUCCCACUCCUCUUUAUCUUUACGGUAUUCUUGAUAAUGAAAAAAUCAAAUACCCAUAAACUUCCACUUCCGCCAGGGCCAUGGAAACUACCCAUAAUCGGAAACAUUCACAAUGUACUUGGUUCUCUACCCCACCAUAGCCUCCAUAACGUGGCCAAGAAAUUCGGGCCUAUUAUGCAUCUUCAACUUGGUGAAGUUAAUGCCAUUAUUGUUUCUUCUCCAGAAAUUGCUAAAGAAAUCAUGAAAACCCAUGAUGUCAUCUUUGCCAGCAGACCCUUUAUCGUUGCAUUAAAAAUUAUCUUUGGUAAUACUACAGAUGUUGCCUUUGCACCAUAUGGCGAGUUUUGGAGACAGAUGAGAAAAAUUUGUGUGGUGGAAAUACUAAGUGCUAAACGUGUCCAAUCAUUCAGGCCAAUAAGAGAAGAAGAAAUAUUAAAUGCUAUAAAAGAAAUUACUUGUAGUGAAGGAUCUAUGGUAAAUAUUAGUAAGGUUCUGCUUUCUUACGCUUAUAAUGUCAUUUUAAGAGCAGCUUUUGGUAAGAUAACGGAAGAACAAGAGGCAUUAAUUCCAUUAAUCAAGGAUGCAGCUGAAGUUUCUGCAGGUUUUAGUAUUGCUGAUUUGUUUCCUUCCAUUAAAUUGAUACAUAAUCUCGAUGGAAUGAGAUCUAGAACGGAAAGGGCGUAUCAGGAAGCUGAUAAGAUAAUUGAUACUGUCAUCAACUAUCACAAAUUAAGACGAAAAGCAUCGUCAAAUAAGAUUUCCGAUCAAGAAAGUAAUGAUCUUAUUGAUGUGCUUUUGAACAUUCAGGAGCAAGAAAAUCUUGAUUUCACUUUAACGACGGAAAACUUGAAGGGGGUCAUUCUGGAUGUAUUUCUUGGGGGGACUGAGACCUCAUCUACAGUUAUAGAAUGGGCAUUGUCAGAAAUGAUGAAAAACCCAAGAGUCAUGGAAAAGGCACAGGUAGAAGUAAGACGAGCAUUCGGUAAAAAAGAAUAUGUUGAUGAAGAAAGCCUUGGAGAGUUAAAUUACUUGAAAUUGGUCAUAAAAGAAACUCUAAGAUUACAUCCUCCGCUUGCUUUAUUACUUCCAAGAGAGUCUCGAGAGGAAUGUGAAAUUAAUGGAUUUCGAAUCCCCAACGAAUCUAAAGUGAUUGUUAACGCAUGGGCGAUUGGAAGAGAUCCGAAGUACUGGAGUGAAGCUGAGAGUUUCAUUCCUGAAAGAUUUUCUGAUGGAACAGUUGAUUACAGAGGGGCCAAUUUUGAGUUCAUACCAUUUGGUUCUGGAAGGAGGAUGUGUCCUGGCAUAACAUUUGGCAUGGUCAAUAUAGAGGUCCCACUUGCUAAUCUACUCUACUAUUUUGAUUGGAAACUCCCUGAUGGAAUGAAGCCGGAAGAUAUAGAUAUGACUGAGGCUGCUGGAACUUCUGUUAGAAGAAAAAAUAGUUUGAAUUUAGUUCCUAUUGUUCGUCAUCCCCUACCUUCUGUUGUUUAACGAUUUCAACAAGAUAGUCAAUUUAUGUACUGCCUGCAUUACCUAAUGGCGCUGCCAAUAAUAAUUACUAUAAUAAACAGAGCAUGUUCUCUAUUGAAGCACCACAAGUUUAUAUGUUGAACAUAUAGAAGUUUAAUGAUAAACUAAUAUGUUGGCCUCCAA